AUGGAACAUUUCGCGAAAUCAAUUGACAUCACUACGCCCAGCACAAAAUCAAAUUGGACAGUCAUAAUAUGUUUCUUUCUUACUCUUUACAUCACGCGAUUUUAUUAUCGGUACUUUACUCGACCAGAUAAAUGCCCCGGUCCUAUUCCACUACCACUCGUGGGCAAUCUGUUUCAGCUACAGAGAAUCGAAAAGAUUCAUCACAAGUUACAUCAAAGGUAUGGCGAUAUCUUCGAAAUGUAUAUGGGCAGUGAGCGAUACGUAUUUUUUAACCGCGGUGGAGGUGAUUUAUUUGAUAAAAUUGCGAGCAACUCGACAAAAUCAAAAUAUUUCAAUCGGCUUCCAAAAAGUGAAAAUCUCGAAAAUUUAGGCCUAGAAAAAUCCGGUAUAGUAGUGAAUCGUGAUCCAUCAAAAUUACCUGCAUCGCAAAUAAAGCAUUCCGAAGGUUUUAACAAAAAUAUUAUGGAUUGGCCUAUUUCGUUGUUUUAUAUUGCGUGGAUUCCUUCUUGGAUAAGACAUUACGUGCCGGUGUUUAGUCAUUUUGAUAGAAAAUGUAAAAACAAUUUAAUGUGGUUAAAAAAUGAGAUGGAAUCAAUAAUUACUAGAACACGAAAUGAAAUAAACGACAAUAACGAAAAGGUCUUGGCGAAAAAUGAUCUUUUGACUUUAUUAAUGACAGAGACCGUCAAGAAUGAUAAAACCGCGUCGCCGUCCAUAGAAGAGAUUUCAGAGACUAUAAUUGAAGUUUGCGUAACCGGAACAGAUAAGAUUGCCGCAACUUUUUGUUUCCUGAUUUAUUGUCUUGACAGAAACCCGCACAUAAAAGAGGAACUUUUAAGAGAGUUCAAAAAUGUAUUAGGAGAAGAUAUUUGUCGCUCAUUUACAUAUGCAGAUUUAGAAAAAAUGCGAUAUUGUGAAGCUGUAGUAAAGGAAACAUUAAGAUUGAUGCCAACUGUACCAUUUAUACCAAAAGUUGCUAAUGAGGAUGACGAGAUCAAUCAAUGUAAAAUAAAGGCCGAAACAACCAUCUGGCUAAAUGUGCAACAAGCACAUUUAGCCGAUUGGUACAACCCAACAGAAUUCAAUCCUUCAAGAUUUCUAAACGAUUCGUCAGAAAAUGACAAAUCUUAG